CUCCUUUGUCCCGUCUCUUCUCAGGCGUGGAGUGGGGAACGUUCCCUUGCGGGACGGGACACACUGGCAGCCUCGGCCGGGGGAAGACACGGUCUCUCUCCCAGUGCCAUUGGCAGAGCACCCAUCUCCACAGCAUCUGGGCUGCCCCAGCCCUCGGGACAUCUCCUGCCCCACGGCCCUGGCCUUGGGAUUCCCCCUCUGCCAGCAAACGCUGCUCCUUCCGUGACACUCCCCGGCGGCACGAAGUCCAAGCGUGGGCCGGGCGGGGGUGAGACGGCGGGGAGGGCUGGCUGUCCAUUCACACCACCCCCCCAGGCAGCUGGGCCUUUAAGAGUCUGGGUUCCAGAUAAAAGGAGCUUUGCAGGGGGGUGGGCCCUACUCUGGGAAGAUGGCUGCAGCUGAGGUGGGGGGCGCUCUGCACAGGCGAGAGGAGCAGAGGCGGCGAAAGGCACGAAGGGAGGCGCUCGCUGCCGAGAUCUUGGACAAGCACCCCCUGCAGAACAGGUGGGCUCUUUGGUUCUUCAAAAACGACAAGAGCCAGACGUGGCAGGCGAACCUGCGCUUGGUGACCAAGUUCAGCACCGCGGAGGAUUUCUGGGCGUUGUACAGCCACAUCCAGUUGGCCAGCAAGCUGACGUCGGGCUGCGACUACUCCCUCUUCAAGGACGGGAUCGAGCCCAUGUGGGAAGACAACCGGAACAAGCGGGGCGGGCGCUGGCUCAUCACACUGGCCAAGCAGCAGAGACACACGGAGCUGGACCGCUUCUGGCUGGAGACGCUGCUGUGCCUGAUUGGCGAGACAUUCAGCCCCUACAGUGAGGACGUCUGCGGGGCCGUCAUCAACAUCCGGGCCAAGGGAGACAAGAUCGCCGUCUGGACCCGAGAGGCGGAGAACCGGGAGGGGGUCACCCACAUUGGGCGGGUGUACAAGGAGCGGCUGGGGCUGUCCCACAAGGUGGUGAUCGGGUACCAGGCCCACGCGGACACGGCCACCAAGAGCGGCUCCCUCACCAAGAACAAGUUUGUGGUGUGAGCGCCGGACUGGGCUCCUGGGACCUGUGACGGCAGUGCCCUGCUGGGGGGGCGUUGUGGCGGGGGCCUUCCCCCGAGGGGCUGGGCUGGCAUGGGAUGGGGGGGCUCUGCCUGCUGUGGGAAGCACGAUGUAAAUUCCCACAAUGCAAGUGCUGCAUC